UCGGAAAAGGUCACCGGGCGAAAACAGCAAAGCGGCACCGCCGCGUCCCCCCUCUCCUGCUCCUGGUCGCGCCCGGGUUAGAGUGAGCGAGCCAGCCCUGCCGGGAUGUUUUCUCCUCCGAAAAGUGAGCUGGGAUUGUGGCGGACGAGGCACUAGAGCCAGGCGAGGCCCCGGAGCUCGGACAGCCUCGCGCCCGAACGCGGCUUUUUCUCGGCCGCUCCGAAGUGCCGAGGGAAGAAGACCUGGACCAGCCCCCCUCGCCGCGCGCUGCCUCGGUCUCUUCUCCCCCCACGUCCUGCGCCUCCUUUCCCCUGCGGCCGGGACGCCCGAUCCCAUCCCGCUGUCGGAGCAGAGCGCGGGGCAGGGGGGAGGCGGGGCCGGAGAGCCGAGGGAAUCGCGGGACGCCGCUCGCUCGGCCAGGCAAGUUCGAUGUGGAGGCUGGCUCGAUGGACGUGCCCGAGUGCGUUGCUGCUGCUGCUGCUUAGGCGAUCGGCGGCAUCCUAAAAGGUUGAUGACCAUGGUGGCCAGGACCUGCUCUCUACUAGUGCUGCUGCUUUAUCACACACUGCUAGGGGGCUCUGCCAGCCUCAUCCCUGAGGUGGGCGACCGGCGAAGAUUCAGUGCUGAUUUGGGCCAGGCUGCUCCGCUGCAGCUCUCGGAAGAGAUCCUGCGGGAAUUUGAACUGCGUCUGCUCAAUAUGUUUGGGCUUAAGCGGCGGCCCACCCCAACCAAGAAUGCCAUUAUCCCUUCCUAUAUGUUGGAGCUCUACCAUCUGCAUACGAGUCAGAAGCCAACUUCCAUGGACUAUAGUCUAGAGAAAGCGAGCAGCAGGGCCAAUACUGUCAGGAGCUUUCAUCAUGAAGAAACACUGGAAGAACUUCCCGAAAGAAGUGGGAAGACAUCUCGGCGUUUCUUCUUUAACUUAACAUCUAUCCCUUAUGGGGAGAUUAUCACUUCAGCUGAGCUCCAGGUUUUUCGGGAGCACAUCCAAGAUGCCGCUGAACACAAUGGCAGCUCUCAUCACCGUAUUAAUAUUUAUGAAAUUCUCAAAUCAGAACGAGAGGCCGCCCAGGACCCUGUCACAAGCCUCCUGGACACCCGCUUGGUGCAUCACAAUGCCAGCAAAUGGGAACGGUUUGAUGUCACACCAGCUAUCAUGAGGUGGAUUGUGCAAGGACAACCUAAUCUUGGUUUUGUGGUAGAAGUGGUACAUUUGAACAAUGCCAGCAAUGUCUCCAAGAGACACGUCAGGAUCAGCAGGUCAUUGCAUCAAGAUGAUGCUAGCUGGUCUCGGAUUAGACCCUUACUGGUCACCUUUGGGCAUGAUGGCGUGGGCCACCCACUCCAUAAGAGAGAGAAACGUCAGGCCAAACCUAAGCCACGCAAGCGCCAUAAAUCCAAUUGUAAAAGGCAUCCUUUAUAUGUGGAUUUCAAUGAUGUGGGGUGGAAUGACUGGAUUGUGGCCCCCCCAGGUUACGGUGCCUUCUAUUGCCAUGGAGACUGCCCCUUCCCAUUGGCAGAUCAUAUGAACUCCACCAACCAUGCCAUUGUUCAGACGCUGGUCAAUUCUGUGAACUCCAAAAUUCCCAAAGCUUGCUGUGUGCCGACAGAACUGAGUCCCAUCUCAAUGCUCUACCUUGAUGAGAAUGAAAAGGUGGUACUAAAGAACUAUCAGGACAUGGUUGUGGAAGGUUGUGGGUGCCGCUGAUGCAGCAGCAAAAUUAAAGGGACAAAUGGAACAGAAAAAGACACACACACACACACACACACAACUUGACACUUUAAUAUUUCCCAAUGAAGACCUUAUUUAUGUUAUGAUAUGGAGAAUUAAACACAUCUAUUUUGAAAAUCUAUUUAUGUCUACAGAAAAAAGUGAGGAAAGAUAUUUUAAUCAGAGAAUUAUUCCUUUUAAAGAUUUUUAAACAUAUUUUAGUUGUACAUUUUAUAUGGGUUUAACCCUCCCCCUUUCCCACAGCACAUGAAGUAUAAAGGUCAGAUUCUUAUAUUGUAUUUAUUUACUAUUAUAACCACUUUUUAGAAGAAUAGCUCAUUUGUAUUUAUAUGUGUAAUCCAAAACCAGCAGCAGAAGAAAAAAUAUAUAGGGUUUGUACAUAAUUUAAAAUGAAUGGUAGCUGUUUUCAGUUGUGUGUAUUUAAGUUGAAACGCAGAAGGGCUGUUAUGGCAAAGAUGCAUAUAUCCCAUUUUGCUUUUUGCAGUUCUACUGUUAAGGUCACAAGUGUAAACCCAAUGAAAAGGGGCUAACCCACCCUGCUGACUCAAGAUUAUAUUGUACAAGUCUCAGGAAUGCUGCAAGGUGGGCUGUCCAGGCUGUGAGAAACGACCACGCGCUCGACAGAACCAGGCUUUGCCCAGCAAAUGGAGGGAGGCCCGUUCCUGCCUUAGGCCCCAACUGGGCCGCCAGGAAACGUCUCUCUCCCUUCGCUUCUUCCCAGCACCUACCGAAAAGCAAGCUGUUGAUGCUGUUCCUCCCCUUUGAAGGCGUCUGUCCAUUGGAAUCCAUUGUCCUGGCCAAAUAAUAAAAGACCAGAUUUCCUCCGUUUUCCAAAGCUUCUUCCUAUUCACCUUUCCUAACAGUUGCGAAGAGGGGGCGCGUUCUGUUACUGAGGCAGAGCGUCCUGAGGGGGAAACCAGGCACGCCGUUCCCACCUUGGGAGGCAAA